CGCUUAAAUUUGUUCAAGUCUCCACCGGUUAGGCUUCUACAUUACAUGAGAUAUGGUUACAUGAGUAGACUUGGUGAAUUGUUUUGUACAGAUAAACAACGCGGGAACAGCUACAACUAAGAGUCAUUUAGAUCAUACUGCAGAAGAUGUAGCAGUAAUUAUGGGUACAAAGUUUGAGGCAUGUUUCCAUCUAUGUCAACUAGCACACCCACUUCUGAAAGCAUCUGGGUACGGCAACAUAGUAUUCAUAUCCUCUAUUUCAGGUCUGAAAGCUUUUCCUCUUUGUACUGCUUAUGCUGCCUCCAAAGGAGCUUUGAAUCAAUUCACAAAGAACAUAGCAUUGGAAUGGGCAAAGGAUAAUAUUCGUGCAAAUGCUGUGGCACCUGGACCUGUUAAGACUGAACUUUUGGAUUCUAUCAUGGAAACUAGUGAUGAUAUUGAGAAGCAAGUGGAGGCUUUGGUGUCUCUAUCACCAGCUGGUCGCAUUGGAGAACCUAAGGACAUAUCAGCCAUGGUUGUUUUCCUUUGCCUUCCAGCUGCUUCAUACAUCACUGGACAAAUCAUAACAGUGGAUGGGGGUUCUAUAAUUUAA